GAGGGCGCCCGCGGAUAAACCGAGGUCCCGUUCCGUAGAGUGAGAGGGAUAAACAGGAAGUCAUCUCAUGCUCGUGGUGUUUUCUCGGGUUUGUUCAUCUUUAGGCUGUUUUAACCAUUUAACCAAGUCUUUUUUCCGAAUACAUCAAAAAUGCCCGUGAUAUGUGCCGCAAUCGGCUGCAAUAACAAGUUCGUCAAAGGAUCCGACAUCAGGUUUUACAGGUUUCCUCUGAGUAAACCACAGCUGUCCAGUAAAUGGGUGAGCAGUCUAGGUCUGAAGAACUUUGUGCCGACGCCUAACACGUGCUUGUGCUCAGAGCACUUCAGAGCCGACUGCUUCAGGGACUACAAUGGAAAACAGUUCUUGAGAGAGGAUGCUGUGCCCACCCUCUACACCCAUGGCCACGAGGGCACACGGAUUGAACUCCGCAAAAGGGGCGUGCCACCAAAGGACAACGCCCCAACCCAGGGCCAACAAGCAACGAGGAACACAGACCCCCGGCGAGAGAAGAGAGGAGGGGGCCGGGGUCGAGGAGGGCGCCGACAGCCGUCAGACAGACAAUCCUUAAACGCUAAGAGCAAAGUUUACGACGCCAAUGGCCGCCUGUUGUCCAACGGGAAGGAUCUGUGUGACUGCCUGGAUGUGGACUGCAUGGGUUGCUUCUUUCCUUGUCCCGACUGUGGCUCCCGGAAGUGUGGGGUGGAGUGCCGCUGUGACCGCAAGUGGCUGUACGAGCAGGUGGAGGUGGAGGGUGGGCAGAUCAUACGCAAUAAGUACGCCCUCUGAACGAACUAUGCGGACAACACCGCCUUUUAAAACAAAUCUGCCAACAGGUUUAAGUCAGAUUCUGUCUAUGGUGGAAGUGUAAUAAUUCAAACAUAUGGGAGAGCGAUAUUAAAGGCGCUGUACUCAAUUGCUUUUUUUUUUGUAGUUGGGCAAGGUGUGUUUUGACCCAGUACAGAUAUAUUGAAAAAGCAGCGCUUGAAGUCAAAGUAAGUCCGCUGUGUACUUUCUGACAUUUUUAUUGUUUGGGAAUUGGGAAGUGUGUUGUUAGCAUUAGGGCUGGCCAAAAGACACAGUUUCUCAAAUUGUUAGCUUGUAGAACGUGUGUGAGUGACAGCUGGAUUUAACCAAUCACAAUGAAGGAUAAACAUUCAAAAGCAGCAGAUGGCUUUAUUAACCUCUUAGAGGCAAUAGAAAAUUAUCGUUCAUCCCUUGUUAUUAACAUUACUGUAACACCAAAACUCUGCUCUGGCCUCUGAAAGUUGUAAAAAGUGCUUAUAAACUAAUUGCAGUGAAUAAUAAGGAUGCUCAAAAUGCAUAAAUUAAAAGAGGAAAAAACUUUGGACCCCUGUAAACUGUUUAAAAUGAACUCAUUCUGUUUUCCACAUUUUUAAUACAGUAAAAAUCAGGUACAGCAGCUUUAAAUGGCCAAUACCUAACUUUUGUUUCUUCUAGUUCAGCAAAAUGCACUAGUGCCAUGCAAAAGCAGCAAUUUUCUGAAAGAAAAUGAGAUAUCAGCCAUGCAUGACAAAAUCUUUGCAGAUGAGAACUACCUUAUUUUCCGGAGUAUAAGUUGCACCAGCCAAAAAAAUGCAUAAUAACAAAGGAAAAAAUAUAUAAAUUGCAUCUGAGUAUAAGUUGCACCCCCAGCCAAACUGAAAAAAAUUUGACUUAUAGUCCAGAAAAUACGGUAUAUGGAUGCCCCUGCAAGGAACAUAAAUUAAAUCUAAUCUGGUGUGUUGUUGGACGACUGGUGCUAACUAUCCCAGGUAGUUGUUUUUCUGUUAUGGUUUAACAUGGGAGUUAAAAAAAAUAGACAAUGACAACUAUCUCUUCACCCACCACUGAUCAUACUGCAUUCAGACAGAGGCAAAGUGGAUGAAGAGUCUUGCCCAAGGGCAUAACAACAGUAUGCACUGAGAUUGAACCGCAGUGACUUUGUGAAUGUUCAAACCACUGUCUUAUUGAUACUGUGUUUUCAAGUUGUGGAGAAAAGAAAAAAACAACAACCCAUAAGCAGUCAUCAAUGUUUUUUACUUCCUUUUCUUUCUUGAGGUGAAAUGACUGAAUUACGUUCGCCGUCUUUAUGUCAAACUUGGAAGUGAUUGUAAUUUGGCAAACUUUAUUUCUUAUUAUACCAAUAAGUUUUAAUGUCUCUACUAUGACUAUGAGACAUUACUUUCUCAUAGUUUUAAUAAAGUGUUUUUAUGUUAC